GCAAAAUUAAAUUAAGAAAACGACUGCAAUAAUUUUUUCUGGUUUCAAAACUUUGUGGGGAAGAUGGAAGGCUAAGCCAACAUCAGCGGAAUUUGAACUCAGAACGUAAAGCCAGUAGAAGUGCCGCAUCGAUCUGUUCCUUCACUUGUAAUCAACAGUUCUUUUACUUGUUUCAGCCAUUAGACUAUGGCCAUAGUCUGGAGCACCGUGUUGAAGAAUUUUAGUCGAACAAAUCGACUCAAUCUAUCAGGAUCUGAUGAAUAAAGAAGUAAAUAAAAAUUAAAGGGGAAAUAAUUAGGUUCCCAUUCUCUAAAAUGUGGAUGCGUGUAAAAAGAAAAUUACGUCAAUUUAGAAUGUCAGACAAUUUAUUCGUUUCAUAUUUACAUGAAUUUAUAUGGAGGAAUUCCGUACGAAAGGAAAAAACUUUUGUUCACUUUUUGAUGGCUGUAGCCAAAGUCUAGAAUAAAAGAUGACAUUGGCAAAGAACCGUUUACAUCAGAAAUAUCAUCAGUGUUUAUAAUCUGUGAGAGAUUAAAGGAAGAUACUAUAUAGAAGAGAUAUAAUCCUGUUUAUAUAAAUCUAUAGUGAAAUAAGAGAAAUAUUUUUAUUUCUUUUCUGCAGUGUGAAUCAGAAUAGAACUGUCUGGAAUGUAGGUGAUUUUGCAUUCUGAUUAUCCCUUUAGUAUUUAAUGCAGUCAUAUCCAUCCCAAAUAUUUUACCUGUUUUAUGUCAAAACUGACCAGAUCCAUCUUCUCACACCUGCUCUAUAAUGUCAUUCUGAAAAUGUACAAAAACUCCAUUGAAUUCUUGAAGGUACAACGUGAUGCAUGAUUAAUUCAAAACAGUGUGAAUAAAUAAGCAAUACAUUUGACAAAGAAUUCUGAAUGCAAAAGCAUUAAACUUGGAUUACAUUGUGGUUUGCAGGAUUUUCCCAUUCCUAGAACUAAAUACGGCUGAUGGAAAAAUAGUGGUAGAAAUAAAUAUUGGAUUGAAAAAUACUUUGGGUAGAAAAAGUCUGAGGCUGGCCAUGGGAGUGAACCCACAUCUCCUGUAAACAUGUACUUAGAGAUAUAUUGUUCCAAAAAAUAAUUAUUUCACAUUCUCUCAAAAAGUUUUGAAUUCUUAUGGCAUAGAUAAGAGUAGAAAUAUUUGUUAGGAAUCAACUAAAAAACAAAACGAGGAAAACAUUUGUAUGUUAAGGUGAAAGAAGAAAAAUGAUGGAAAAUGAAUUAUGCGAGAAAAAAGGUAUAUUUAAACCGCAGUCUAAUUUUAUUGAUUUUCCUGGUGAUAUAAAGAAAGAGGAAGAGAAACCAUUAUAUCAUUGUGAUAUCUGUGAAAAGAUGUUCUAUAAAAAAUGCCACCUAAUGAUACACAAACGUAUUCAUACAGGAGAGAAACCAUAUCACUGUGAUAUCUGUGGUAAAUCAUUCUCUGUAGGUAGUACCCUAACUAAACACAAACGCAUUCAUACGGGGGAGAAGCCUUACCAAUGUGAUGUCUGUGGUAAAUCAUUUUCUGGAAGUAGUGACUUAACUAUUCAUAUACGCAUUCAUACAGGAGAGAAACCAUAUGUCUGUGAUAUCUGUGACAAAUCAUUCUCUGUACGUGGUCAUUUAACUGAACAUAAGCGUAUUCACUCGGGAGAGAAACCAUAUCAGUGUGAUAUCUGUGGUAAAUCAUUCUCUCAAAGUUGUACCUUAACUAACCACAAAGGCAUUCACACAGGUGAAAAACCACACAACUGUAGCAUUUGUGGUAAAUCAUUCUCACUAAGACAUCACUUAACUGAACACAAGCAUAUUCAUUCAGGAGAGAAACCAUAUCAUUGUGAUAUCUGUUAUAAAUCAUUUUAUCAGAUUCGUACCUUAACUAAUCACAAACGUUUUCAUACAGAUGGGAAAACAUAUCACUGUGAUAGCUGUGGUAAAUCUUUCUUUCAAAAUAUUGAAUUAGUUACUCAUAAACGUAUUCAUACUGGAGAGAAACCAUAUCAGUGUGAUAUCUGUGGUAAAUCAUUCUCUCAUAAUCCUAACUUAACUAUACACAAACGUGUUCAUACAGGUGAGAGACCUUAUCUCUGUGACAUUUGUGGUAAAUCAUUCUCUCAUAACCAUCACUUAACAAGACACAAAAGUAUUCAUGCAGGCAAGAAGCCAUAUCACUGUGAUAUUUGUGGUAAAUCAUUCUCUGAAAACAGUCUCUUAUCUACACAUUCAUGUAUUCUGAAAGAAAAAAACUUUUUCUGGUUAGAUUUCAACAAACUGAAGUGGAAGGAACUAUUUGAAGAUUACAAGUCUGAUGGAAUUUAUUUUGGUGAGAAGAGCAUAAUUAUGGAAAAAGAUUUGUGGGAGAACAAAGUUGAGUUUAAAACAAAAUCUAAAACAAUCGAUUCCUCAGAAGAUAUAAAGAAAGCAGCAAGUAAAAUAACAUAUGAGUGUGAUAUAUGUAAGAAAAUAUUUUCUCAAAAAUGUAACCUCAUUAGACACAGCUAUAUUCAUACAGGAGAGAAACCAUAUCACUGUGAUAUCUGUGGUAAAUCAUUCUCUCUUAGUACACUCUUAAAUAGACACAAACGGAUUCAUACUGGAGAGAGACCAUUUUCCUGUGAAAUCUGUGGUGAAUCUUUCUCUCGAAGGCAUCACUUAACUACACACAAACGUAUUCACACAGGAGAAAAGCCAUAUCAUUGUGAAAUCUGUGGUAAAUCUUUCUCCCAAGGAAAUACCUUAACUAUACAUAAACGUAUUCAUACAGGGGAGAAGCCAUACCAUUGUGAUAUCUGUAGUAAAUCAUUCUCCCAAAACGGUGAGUUAGCUCAUCACAAAUGUAUUCAUACAGGAGAAAAUCCAUAUCAAUGUGAUAUCUGUGGUAAAUCUUUCUGUCACAGUAGUUCCUUAACUGGACACAAACGUAUUCAUACAGGAGACAAGCCAUAUCACUGUGGUAUCUGUGGUCAGUCAUUCUGCCGUAGUAGUUACUUAACUGGACACAAACGUAUUCAUACAGGGGAGAAACCAUAUCACUGUAAUGUCUGUGGUAAAUCAUUCUCUCAAAAAAGUAACUUAACCAGACAUGUACGUAUUCAUGCAGUAAAAUAACUGUAUCAGUAAAUCAAUGAUAGAAAAAUAAUGUAAAUAAGAAAAAUAAUGUAAAUUACAACUGAAUAUUUGUCGAUCAAAUUGUUCCAUUUUUCACAUUGAUAUAGACAUGGCUGUGUGUCUGAGAAGUUUCCUUCUCAACCACAAGGUUCCAGUUUUAGUCCCACUGUGACAAAUUGGGUAAGUCUUUUGUAAUGUCGCUGCGUACAGGAGACAAAUCAUUUCACAGAGAAACCUGUAGUAUAUCAUCUCUCUUAACGGUAUCUGCGUUAAAUCAUUCUCUGGAAUAGGUAGCCUAACUAAAUAUAAACACUGAUACAAGAGAAAAGCCAUAUCACUUUGAAAUCUGUGCUAAAUCUUUCUCUCACGGAACUACUUUAGCUAUACAUAAACAUAUUCAUAUAGGAGAGAAACCAUUUGAUUGUGAUUCCUGUGGCAAAUGUUCCUCUCAAAGACCAUUAACUAACCAGAAAUGUAUUCAUACAGGAGAAAAACCAUAUUCCUGUGAAAUCUGUGCUAA